CGGUCUUUAGUUCAUUAACGACUCAACUCGACUCUGACAACAUGAGCGGCCGCGGAAAAGGAGGCAAAGGACUCGGGAAAGGAGGCGCCAAGCGGCACCGGAAGGUCCUCCGUGAUAACAUCCAGGGCAUCACCAAACCCGCCAUCCGCCGCCUGGCUCGCCGCGGCGGAGUGAAGCGGAUCUCCGGUCUGAUCUACGAGGAGACCCGCGGCGUGCUGAAGGUGUUCCUGGAGAACGUGAUCCGUGACGCCGUCACGUACACCGAGCACGCCAAGAGGAAGACGGUGACCGCCAUGGAUGUGGUGUACGCGCUGAAGAGGCAGGGCCGCACCCUGUACGGCUUCGGGGGCUAAGACACUGACGACAGCGACACGACUCAACGGCUCUUUUAAGAGCCACCACCUCGCCCAGAGAGCUCGGGUCCUGAUUGUGUAACUAGUUUUAUCGAUCACACCAAGGCAAAAUAAAAGCUCAUACUUAUUUCUAA